AGGUGGCGGCGCCGCAGCCAUGGAGGGAGGCGGCGGCGGCGGCGGCGGCUCGGGUGGCUGCGCUGGGAGGCGGCGGUGAGAGACUCGCACGCCUCCAGCCCGGCCCCGGCCACCCGGGACGGAGAGCCGAGCAGCCCCGGCUCUGGGCUACGGACUAUGGGCGAAUAGCUCUGACCACCCGGCGAAGUGCACACACCCAGAAGCUAUGUCCUUCGGCAGUAAAAGUUUUACAGCACAAUAUAUGUGCUCUGCUCUCCUCCCGCAAUCCUGCUCCAAGAGAUCUUAAGCUGGAGGCACCAGGUCUGAAUUCCAGACUCCUCCCCACCACCCACACUUCACCUCCAACUGGAGCAUGACCACAGACCCAUUCAGGGAGGCUGGCGGCCUCUUCAUCCUGGACAGUCCCUUACUGUAUGUCAAAUGGAGUCUUGCUGUGUCCCCUAGGCUGGAGUACAAUGGCACCAUCUCAGCUCAUGCAACCUCCGCCUCCCCAGUUCAAGCGAUUUUCCUGCCUCAGCCUCCCGAGACAGGCACCCACCAUCAUGCCCAGCUAAUUUUUUUUUUUGAGACAGAGUCUUACUCUGUUGCCCAGGCUGAAGUGCAGUGGCGUGAUCUCAGCUCACUGAAGACUCCGUGUCCUGGGUUCAAGCGAUUCUCGUGCCUCAGCCACCAAGUAGGUGGGAUUACAGAGAACAUCAGUUACUUUUAUAUGAAGAAAAAUACAGGAACAGGCUGGAGUUCUGUGUUUUUGAGUCCAUUAUGGAAGGGUAAAGGCUACACUCCUAAGAGCUGAGAAUGAAGCGGAGAGCAUCAGACAGAGGAGCUGGGGAAACGUCGGCCAGGGCCAAGGCUCUAGGAAGUGGGAUUUCUGGAAAUAAUGCAAAGAGAGCUGGACCAUUCAUCCUUGCUCUCUGUGCCGUAGGUCCCCGUCUGGGCAACUCACCGGUGCCAAGCAUAGUGCAGUGUUUGGCGAGGAAAGAUGGCACGGAUGACUUCUAUCAGCUGAAGAUCCUGACCCUGGAGGAGAGGGGGGACCAAGGCAUAGAGAGCCAGGAAGAGCGGCAGGGCAAGAUGCUGCUGCACACCGAGUACUCACUGCUGUCUCUCCUGCACACGCAGGAUGGCGUGGUGCACCACCACGGCCUCUUCCAGGACCGCACCUGUGAAAUCGUUGAGGACACAGAAUCCAGCCGGAUGGUUAAGAAGAUGAAGAAGCGCAUCUGCCUCGUCCUGGACUGCCUCUGUGCUCAUGACUUCAGCGACAAGACUGCUGACCUCAUCAACCUGCAGCACUACGUCAUCAAGGAGAAGAGGCUCAGCGAGAGGGAGACUGUGGUCAUCUUCUACGACGUGGUCCGCGUGGUGGAGGCCCUGCACCAGAAAAAUAUCGUGCACAGAGACCUGAAGCUGGGGAACAUGGUGCUCAACAAGAGGACACAUCGGAUAACCAUCACCAACUUCUGCCUCGGGAAGCAUCUGGUGAGCGAGGGGGACCUGCUGAAGGACCAGAGAGGGAGCCCUGCCUACAUCAGUCCCGACGUGCUCAGCGGCCGGCCGUACCGUGGCAAGCCCAGUGACAUGUGGGCCCUGGGCGUGGUGCUCUUCACCAUGCUGUAUGGCCAGUUCCCCUUCUACGACAGCAUCCCGCAGGAGCUCUUCCGCAAGAUCAAGGCUGCCGAGUAUACCAUCCCUGAGGAUGGACGGGUUUCUGAGAACACCGUGUGUCUCAUCCGGAAGCUGCUGGUCCUUGACCCCCAGCAGCGCCUGGCCGCCGCCGACGUCCUGGAGGCCCUCAGUGCCAUCAUUGCAUCAUGGCAGUCCCUGUCAUCUCUGAGUGGGCCUUUGCAAGUGGUUCCUGACAUUGAUGACCAAAUGAGCAAUGCGGAUAGCUCCCAGGAGGCGAAGGUGACGGAGGAGUGCUCCCAGUACGAGUUUGAGAACUACAUGCGUCAGCAGCUGCUGCUGGCCGAGGAGAAGAGCUCCAUCCAUGACGCCCGGAGCUGGGUGCCCAAGCGGCAGUUCGGCAGCGCACCACCGGUGCGACGGCUGGGCCACGACGCACAGCCCAUGACCUCCUUGGACACGGCCAUCCUGGCGCAGCGCUACCUGCGGAAAUAACAGCCUCAGCCGGGGCCACCAGCACUGCUGCCACUUCUUCCAGCCCCAGCCAAAGGCUUGGCUGUCAGGGCUGGGCCCUGUAGUGCUGAACUCUCCCGGGCCACAACAGGGACAGGGCAGGGACAGGGACAGCCCAGGUCACACGUGGGGUCAGCAGAGGUACCACGAAGCUACCUUUUGGGAUGAUUGCUCGAUUGGUUUUUAAAUCAGAAGCCUAGAUAACUAAUCUGCUUUUAAUCACGAUGUUUUAAUCUACCUCUGUCUCUUUAACCAUGCUGUCUCUGGACUGAGUGAGAGGGAGGAGGGAGCCUGCUCACCCCACUCCAGGGCCUUCCCCAGCGGCCACCAACUGACCUGGGGCGCUGCUCCCCACAGUCCAAAUAAGCUGAAAGUGCAGCUCGCUGCAGGCCCCAGAGCGAGCAUCCCCUCCUCCCUGCUCUCCCAGGCCCCUGCCACAGCCUCUUUCCGUCCCUCUCUUUCUGACCCAGGCCCCUCAGUCCAAGCUUUGGAAAACCUUCACCUCAUCUUAAACCGAACUCAAAUAUAUUUAUUUUUUUACCAUACCAACUUCUCUCCCAUCUCUAGGUGGCUCAGUCCAUGGCCACUCCCUGCCCCCAGCCUGGCUGGACAGCAAGGAGUCCACAGCCCACACGUGGGCUCCCUCCUCACCCCCAGGCAGGGAAGCCCCUCCUGCCAGUCCCUGUCCCCUUUCAGCCCACCAGUCCCUCUCUGCUGCCGGUGAUGGGAGGCCUUUCUAGACCUGGCUCUUUCUCUCCCGUCUCAGUGGCUUCUCUGAGGUGCUGUACACGCGCAUUAACCUGUUCCCUUCUCUAUCCUUCCCCGUGGUACCGAGCUCACGUGGACUCCCAAUGCGAAGGGGCCCAUGGGUUGGGCUGCAGGCCUGGCCGUGAGCGGGGGCGGCCUGCACGCUCCCCUAGCCUACUCUUGUGUUUAGGGGAUGGUGGGAACAUAUCCCAGUGCCCUUGCCUCAUAAUAGAUGUGGUGACUCUCCCGAUAGACCCUAGCAAGGGUCCUCCAUGGUGGUGAGGGACUCAGGAGAAUUGUAGGGAUUGGGGGACCCUGCCUGUCUGGCUUGAGAACAGCCCUGCUGCCCUUUUGAGCCGAGAUUUUGAAGUGGAUGCCCGUCUUGCCAGAAAUGCUGUUCUCACCAGAAUGCCCCCUCCCCUUGCCCUUACUGGACUUGGCCCUGCCUGAUGCCAAGCAAAGACCCUUCCCCAGAGGCCUACCCCCCAUAUGUCCUCAGAGAGGCUGAGUGUCCCCUCCAGGUAGUCAUGGGCCCUGAGGCCCCUCCUGCCUGGCCCUGCUCCCCAGUGGGGAGGUGACUGUGUUUCCCAGAGUGUGAGCCGCUCUCCUCCCCCUAAAAAGCUGACUCACUGUGAGUGACCUUGGGCAAGUUCCCAAACCUCCUUGUGCCUCAGUUUCCCCAUCUGGAAAAAAUGGGGCCACCUCUUGCCAGCAGUAGCAGGGCUGCCCACGCCCCUUUCUCCCCAUGCCCCAUCCAGCACUUGGGCGCCUCAUGCCUCUGCCUCAGUGGGCCUGUGGGAGCCUACUGGAGCCCAGCACUUACUCCCCCUGAGCAGCGAGCCUGCGUCUGUCUCAGCUGUCCAGCGCUGAGGGCCAGGGUCUUGUGCUGUGGGGCUGGGGGAUGCCCUCUUUUCUAUAUUUAUUUCAUAGAAAGUCUCCUGCGGGAGCGGAAAUGCAGUCCGGCCUAGGGCUCCCAGCCCUUGACUGUCCUCCUGUGAGGGCCUGAAGCUGGGCCAGGGCCCGUCGCAGCAGAGCCCCCUCUCAGCAGCCCACCGGGUCCCUCCAGGCUGCUGCCCGUGCGUGGUCUCUCUCCUCCUUUUCAAAGCAAUAGCCGCCGGGUCUGCAAAGCCCUGUCAGACAGACUGGGCCCUUCCAAGGUCAAGCCAUGUGUCUGAUUACAUUUCUGGUGAAGCAAAGGAGAGGAGGAUGGGUCAGCCCUCACUGGGUGUCACACACUGAGAGAAGUCCUAUUGUAAAGAAACGGAAAAAGUCACAAAAAAGUUUGUAUAAAGACAUAUUUUUGUACUACAUGGGGACUCUUCCUGCAUGUCAGCAAUAAAACUUCCUGAUCUGGAA